AUAAGUCCCAAGAUGGCUUCCAGUCGAACUUGUGAAACUGUGUGUCGAGGUUUUGUGUGCUUCUUGCUGCUAGGAAUCGUUAGUUCGUACAGAUCGCCGCUGUACAAGCUGGUGCCGACAUGGCCGCUGGUUCCCUCCCACUUUCAAGCGCAGGAGUUCAGCACAGGCGUUUUGGUAGGCGAAAAUGUGGACGAAGUCUUCGUGGCACAGAGAGGAAAUGUCAGCACCAAGAUGAACGUGUUCUCGGAGGACGGCACGUUCCUGCGUAGCUGGUCCGACAUAGAGAGGAUUGACAUGCCCCACGGGACCAGGGUGCACAUCCCUGCAGGGAAGACUGCAGCCGAGGCAGAGAUAUGGGUCACUGAUGUGGGCAGUGGUCCCUGGGGUCACACAGUUAAAGCCUUUGGCAGGGAUGGUACACUGAUACACGUCCUGGGUACACCAGGGCAGGCGGGCACAGGGAGGAACCCCUUACAGUUCGACCAACCGGCGGAUGUGGCCUUCAAUGCUAAAGGGGAAAUGUACGUGGUAGACGGGGACGGAGGGAUGAACAACAGGCUGCUCAAGUUCUCACCGGAUUACAAACUGGAGUGGGUGUCUGGAGGGAAGGGGAACAACACAGGGGAGUUCUACAUCCCCCACAGUGUGGAGGUGGACAUGUUUGGGCAGGUGUGGGUGGCAGACAGGGCCAACAACAGGACACAGGUGUUCCAUGGAGGACAGCAGCCCACCUUCAUCGGGGAGUGGUCAUCCUGUUUUAAAGGGGACGGCCCAUAUUCUGUGAGAUUCAGUGCAGACAAGAAGUACCUCCUGGUCAUUCAGUUGAACCUGUCACGUGUCUUAAUCCUGGCUGCUCCUUCAAAACCUGGUUUCCUUGGCAACUGCACAGUGAUUGACACCAUCCAGAUGGCUCCUGGUGUCAAACCACACCUACUUUCUGUCAGCCAAUCAACAGGCGCCUUUUAUGUUGGAGAAAUAGGAGCCAAUCAGAGUCAAAAGUUUGUACCCUUGCACUGAAGAGGGGAAGGUAGAGCCUUCCUGAUUGGGCAAUUUAUUCUUUUACCUCAUUGGCUGACAAUCUUGCCAUUGUUUCACAUGGCCAAAUCCUACAAUGUAGUAAAAAAACUUUUUGUAAAUAAGUAGAAAAAUGAUACACAAAAAAUAGAUUGUGCAAUACAGUAUAAUUGCAAUACAAAUGUAUAUCAAUUAUGUACAUAUUUGUAUGAAUCGUUGUAUUGACUACUAUGCAACUAUAAAAAGAAAUGCUACAACAUUGUUGUAAAGAGAAUAUUCUAGCAGUGUGAAUGUAGAUUUACAAAAUGUGACAACAUGUUUGAAGAUGAAAUUAUGUCCAGACAUAAAGAAUAUGUGGAAUGAUUUAUUCUUAUCUAUGUCACAACAAUUAUAUGAAAAGUUGCAAAUUACACAGUGACCUCUUUACUGCAAACU